CAUGGUUGUCAGAUAGAACAUGACUAGGCAUUUCGACAUGGAUUUUAACAAUAUGGCUUGACUCCAAAAUCAUAUUAAUAUAUUAUGCUCAACCUCUAUAGUUUUCAUGAAUUACCCACUAUACUGAAAAAUUGUAUUUGAUUUUAGAUGUUUAUUUGGGACCAUUAGCUGAUGGUGCUGUUUAAUUGGUGUAGAUAACCAGUACUGUAUUUGGAAGUAUUCGUUGAUGACAUUACUUAACUGAAGCAUAACCACUGCUGUAUAUUCUAGGAAUGGUAAUAUUAAUUGAUGAUUUUAAAUGGUAGAAAAUCUAUUACUGUUUUGUCAUUUAGAAAUUGGAGCACCGGUUGUUAAUACUAAAGAACGGCUCAUAUUUUGUCUCCAAUGGCUUGAAACUAUAGGUAGAUUUUCCUUCCAGGACUGGAAAUUGCGGCUUUUAAUUGAGAAAUCUCGAGCCAUCAAGUGUCCCUCCAUACAGUAUCACUUGGCAGGAACUAAAAAGGUUCAGCAGGAGUUAUCAAGGCCUGGAAUUCUAGAAAAGCUCUUUAAAGAUGUAGAUUAUGUUAAAAGAGUGAGGAAUGUUUUUGCUGGCCAAUAUUCCUUAGAUUUGGACUCUAGUGGGGAUGAAAUUGUAAAAGAAACAUUACAAAAUCCACAGAACUAUGUCAUGAAACCCCAGCGGGAAGGAGGAGGACACAAUAUUUAUGGAGAAGAAGUUAAAACCAAAUUGACAGAACUUGGAAGAUCUAAAGAGCGAGAAGCCUACAUCUUAAUGGAAAGAAUUAAACCACCUUCUAUUGAGAAUUACAUCAUUCGAAGAAAAGAACCAACAGCCAAGAUCUCAGUAAUUGGAGAACUUGGUAUCUAUGGGGUUGUUCUAGGGUAAGAAACAUGUAAAUUA